CCACACAAAUUGCUUUUUGGAGACCAUGUAAUUAGACUGAAAUACCAGAUAUGCAACUGUGAUUAAAACAGAAUAAUCGAACUCAUUAUAAAACGAGGAUAAUGGAAUGUGCUAUGAAUACCAUAUGAUUAAGAUCAUGAUAUUUUUAUAUAAGUGUUCAGUCCUUGUUUUGCUUGCUGUACCAUUUGUGAAGUCAAACCAUAAUAAAUUCCGUGGCGGUCUGUUAUCCUGGAAAGCCAUUAAUGAAACACAGAUAACAAUACAUCACCGUCUGUCGUUUGUGUAUAAUGACAGUUGUCCGAAUAGGAACUCGAGUGCCAGCAUUGGUUGUUUCCCAGGAGGUGGCUGUAAUGAUAGUACAACAAUGAUAGGGGUGUGUAAAGAGUCUAAUUCCAUUGAAAACUGGGCGGAUAGUGAAGGCGACACCAAUUUUACAAUCACAAACUCAACAUCAACAAAUCUUUAUUCCAUUGGAUAUUCGGGUUUUGCUUGGAUUUUAUUAGCAUAUUCUGCAAACUCAUGGAGCUUACGAAUGACAGUAGACGUCUCCACAAGAACCGACAACGGAAGAAUCAACCAGUCUCCUGUUUCAGCAAUGGCCUCAUCAAUCAUUGUUGGUAAUUCGUGCAAUGGCGAGCAAAUAAUAAUACCAGUGGCGGAUUACGACGGAGACAACGUUCGGUGUCGUCUCCCCGCAACAACAGAAGAGUGUGGAGAUAUUUGUAACAAAACAAGCAUUCUUGCCGGGAUUUUUGAAACACUGUGUGAAUUAUAUAUAGUUGACUGGGCAUCAGAUGGAAUUUAUGCCAUGGCGAUACAAAUAGAAGAUUUUCAAAACUCUACUUCAACUACUCCCCUGAGUAGCAUUCCUUUACAAUUCAUUAUAACAGUAACUUCUGAUGGUGCCUGUUAUUAUUCACCAAAUUUUAUCUCCCCUACACCUACAGAGGGAACUGUCAUACAAGUUCACAAUGGCUCAUUACAGUUUAAAGCAAGAGCUAGGAUAUCUUUUUCACCUGAAAGUAUAUCUAGAUUUCAUAUUUUGUCACCACUUGAUUUUACAAUAUCUGCCAUCUCCUAUCCCGUGCUGUACGAAUAUGAGACAACUAUUUCAAAGACUGAUAUACUAGCUGAGGAAAUAGGAAUACAUGUCGUGUGUUUUUCAGCAGAAUCAAACUAUAGACGCUCCACUGGAUCCCGAUGUAUAACGGUGAAUAUUACAGAUAUUGAUGAAUGUGCCGAUAGUCCUUGUCAGAACAAUGGAACAUGUGCGGACCUCAUCAAUGGUUAUGAGUGUAGCUGUGCUCCUGGAUUGAAUGGAACCAAUUGCGAGGAGGAUAUUGAUGAAUGUGCUGAAAAUCCAUGUCAGAACAAUGGGACAUGCCUUGAUCUCAUCAAUGAUUACCAAUGUAACUGUGUUGCAGGAUUCAAUGACACGAAUUGUACAAGCAAUAUAGAUGAAUGUGCAGAAAAUCCUUGUCAAAACAAUGGAACGUGUGUCGACCUCAUCAAUGAUUACAACUGCAGUUGUGGGGCAGGAUUUAAUGGAACAGACUGUGAGGAGAAUAUUGAUGAAUGUGCUGAUAGUCCUUGUCAGAACAAUGGAACAUGUGCGGACCGCAUCAAUGCUUAUGAGUGUAGCUGUGCUCCUGGAUUUAAUGGAACCAAUUGCGAGGAAGAUAUUAAUGAAUGUGCUGAAAAUCCAUGUCAGAACAAUGGAACAUGCCUUGAUCUUAUCAAUGAUUACCAAUGUAACUGUGUUGCAGGAUUCAAUGACACGAAUUGUACAAACAAUAUAGAUGAAUGUGCAGAAAAUCCGUGUCAAAACAAUGGAACAUGUGUGGACCUCAUCAAUGAUUACAACUGCAGUUGUGAGGCAGGAUUUAAUGGACCAAACUGCGAGAAGAAUACUGAUGAAUGUGCUGAAAAUCCAUGUCAGAACAAUGGGACAUGCCUUGAUCUCAUCAAUGAUUACCAGUGUAACUGUGCUGCGGGAUUCGAUGACACUAAUUGUACAAAUAAAUCGAAUUUAAUGAAAUAUACGCUUGUCUUGAAUCUCGACGUAACAACAACAGAAAAUCUGAGCAUAGAAGAGGAUUAUAUCAAAGUAAAGAAUAAAUUAACUGAUGUUUACAGUAAACGAAUCGUUGGAUCAAAAGUCGUAAUAAAAAGCUUCAGGAAAGGAAGCUUAAUUGUUGACUUUGACCUCGUCAUACCAGACAGUCCAACAUCAAAAGUACUCGUCGUUGACACCGUGUACAAGCUUGUGAAUGGUAUGGUAUUUGUCAACUUCUCGGGAGAAAUAGUCAACGUUACCACUGCUUCAAUACAACACUCAACAUACGGCAAGAUUAUUAUAGCCAACUCAUCUGAUGGAUGUGCUGUUGUAAACUCACAAGGAGCAUGUGAUGUAGGAUAUAGUUGUCAAGAAUUUAUCAAUCACACAGUGGCUUGCAUUCCCAUUAUUAGUAAGUAUAAAUGUUUUCUUUGUUGUGAUUUAUGCAGUAAUGAUGCUGUGAUAAAUGCAAUAGUUAUACAAGUAUUUUAUCUUAAGUAUUCUAUAAAGGAAAAAAGACAAGUAUUACAAAGAAUUACAAAGUAUGCAAUUCAACUUUUAAUCACUUUAUUUUGUUCUUUUUAACUUGUGAUUAUUUUAUUUGAUCAUGUUUUUAAUUUCUAAACAUGAGUGAAAGGGAGUGUGAAUGUUUAUUUAUGUGUUAUUUGUUAACUACUGUUUGUUUAUUUCUGAAAUUCCAUGCAUGUAAUUAUAUGUUGAAUAAUAAGUUAUUGUUUAAUUAUUUCUUUUAUUUGUACAUGCAUAAUACUUAUAACGUUAACCAUGAUUUAAGUUAACAGGAAAUUAACAAUUUAUUUUCUUAUUUCAGAUUGUUCAUAGCAGAGAAGAAUAAGUGAUAAAUUCCCUAUCUUAUUAAUAUAAAUACAUGAAUAUUUAAUAUGCAGAAUCUUCACAUUCAUUUUGCGCUAUUUCAUCUCAAAAAUCCAUUUGAUAAAAAAAUGAUAUUUUGUUUACUUCAAUCCUUCACUUGCAUUUUUUAUUUUCACAGGAUUUGAAAUAGUGCCAGUGCAAGAAGAUAAUUGUUGGGCGAGUGUCGAUUGCUUAUUGAACUCUUAUUAUUCCAUAAAUGUUUACAAGUUCAUGCAAUAUAUAUCCUGAUUCCUGAUAAUUUAUAAAAUUUUAUUUUUUAUAGCAAAAAUCGUUCUUGUUAUUUUUCAUAAUAGUUUUUGCUACAACGAGUGCCUUUUGUGGAAGCCUGGUGGAAGGAUGAUUGCUUCGCGAUUGAAAAGUAAUUUGUGCGAUUUGUGU